AUACUUACUUUUGAUAUAAAACCGAGAAAAAAACCCAAAAAAAAAUGUCUGCAAGCAAAAAAUCUAUGUCCGAUGUUUCUAAACCACCUAAGGUGAAGAAAUACAAAAUGAUGGAUGAUAUAAAAGUUAUCCAAGAAUCGUCUUCAGAUAGCAGUGGCCACGGGACUGUUUGCUAUGGAGUGUUAUCUCAGGAACAUGCUAGACCAAGGAUAAAGGCUCAGAAAAGCAGUGUCAGUCGAAUGUCCAUCGAUGAAGCUUCGUCUAACGCUUCUUUAUCUUCUUCUAUUACGAGGUUUCGUGGCGACUUCGAUACGUUCAAAUGUAAGAUGCGUAUAUUUGGCGAGUCUCUAAACUUGUGCCGUUGCAUAGCUGACGACUUCAGGAGCAGACUGUCCACGAUGGAGAAACGAUUGGAUAACUUGGAGAAACGACAGAGAUUAUAUAGAAGUGCAAGUAACUAUUCAGCGAUCAUUCAGAAGAAUAAGUUGUUGUCUUACAAAUGCCUUAAAGAAAUGAAGGUAAGCAUAUAAAACUAUCCUUAACUUACAUACUUACCCAAUAAUGGCAUCCUAGCCGAUAGUCGGCUACGGCGGCUGUUCCCAUAUCAAGAGAUCAGCCAGCUGCGCAGGACAUAUUAUAGUGCACGCACAUUUGCUUGGACUGCGGUGCACUCACUAUUCCUUCACUCUCAGAGCGCGAUGGGACGGCAAUCCGACACCACCGGAGAGAGAUCACAAGCACGACCGACAUUAACGUGCUCUAAGAUGCACGGGUGUAUCAAUCACCAACUUC